GCAAAGCUUGGGGUGGUUUCGGGGUGUGUGUGUUUUUUUUUCUACGUAGUCAACGGGGUCUUGUUUCGCCUAUGGAAUUCAGACUUGAAGGCAACGAAUGUGAUCAUCCCCAAAGCCUUCGCAGAGCUGAACUUUGGUCUCAUCCCUGUUCCCCCCCUUAAUUCACGCGGUUUCCCCGAAUUGCCAUGAAACGCGGAUACUGUUUUUCGGUGGGAAGGGGCUGUAGUACGCAGCAGUCGUUCUGUGUAAGGAACUGAAGUUAAGUGCGAAUGAGAUCGCCCUGCAUUUUGCGUUUUGCGCACGAUAGAACAGGACAAGCUGCCGUAAGAGAGAGGCGAGGAGAGCUCUCGUUGCGCCUUGAUAUCUCAUCACCGAUCAGGGGACCAGGGAGCCUUGCUCUGACCUCUUAUUUAUUCCCAAUGCAUUUAUUGAGUUGAAUGGAAAUGGUGGAGGGGGACGCACUUUAGCAAUUGGGAGGCAACCCGUUGGCAGGGGGUAAGCCCCGGAGGUACGGAUCCCGUGGCGAUGUGUUUGAGGAGCCGAGCACCCCACCGCUGCCCGGCGCCCAGCCCAGACACGCACUCCUGUCACGCCGCGCUCAGUGGGACAAACUAGGUGACACUGCAGCCACAAGUGCCCCUCGCCGGAGAUGACAGAGGAGCCGACUGCUAACACGCCCACGGGAGUGGAGCAAGCAGAUAAAUAUGUAGUGACAAUAAUGGGUAAAUCGGAAAGCCAGAUGGACAUUGUAGAAAAAUCGAGCAAAGCGGGCAAGCGGCGCUGGAGCGUGGCGGAGAUCGGACUGACGGUGCUGCUGUUGCUGGUCAGUUGCGCGCUGGCCGGCCUGGCGGUGCUCUACACCUCGGCCAUGAAAGAGCCCGCCUACCGAGCCAGUGUCAACAAUGUGUGCACCACGCCAGGCUGUGUCACUGCAGCGGCCCGGCUCAUCCAGAACAUGGACCCCCGGGUGGAGCCAUGCCAGAACUUUUACCAGUAUGCCUGUGGGGGCUGGCUUGAGCGACAUGUCAUCCCAGAGACCAGCUCCCGCUACAGUGUCUUUGACAUCCUGAGAGAUGAGCUAGAGAUCAUCCUGAAGGGUGUUCUGGAGACUGCAAAUGAACAGGACAGGGAGGCCUUCCAGAAAGCCAAGACUCUGUACAUCUCCUGCAUGAACGAAAGUCUAAUAGAGAAGAGAGACUCCCAGCCCCUGAUGAAGCUCAUUGAUGUCAUUGGAGGAUGGCCUGUUGCAUCAGAGGACUGGGAUAGCAUGAUAGAGGACAAGUGGAGUUUGGAGGAUAUCCUGGCCACCCUCAACUCCCACUUCCAUAAGAAGGUGCUGGUGGACCUGUUUGUGUGGACGGAUGACCGCGACUCCAGUCGUCACAUAAUCUAUAUCGACCAGCCUGGAUUAGGAAUGCCAUCCCGGGACUACUACUUCAAUGAUGGGAACUACAAACGGGUGCGGGAGGCCUACCUGGAGUUCAUGGUGUCGAUCGCGCGCAUGGCCCGGGAGGACAGGAACCUGACGCGGGACGAGGAGCAGGUCUGGGAGGAAAUGAGGGGCGUGAUGGAGCUGGAGACGGACAUCGCCAACGCCACCUCCCCUGUAGAGGAGCGGCACGAUGUUACCCUGCUCUACCACAAGAUGGCGCUGAGGGAGGUGCAGGAGCAGUUCGGUCUGAAUGGCUUUAACUGGACAAGGUUCGUGCAGGGGGUGCUGUCCAGUGUCAAUAUUGAGGUGCAACCCCAGGAGGAGGUGGUGGUCUAUGGCGCCCCCUACUUACAGAAACUAAAAGAUGUCCUCGCCAAACACUCCACCAGGACACUGCAGAACUACCUGACCUGGCAGCUCGUCAUGGAGAGAGUCAGCAGCCUGAGUCGCCGUUUUAAGGACGCCAGAGCACACUACAGGAAGGCGCUGUACGGGACCACAGUGGAGGAGGCGCGCUGGCGGGACUGUGUGCGCUACGUGCAGAGCAACAUGGAGAACGCCGUGGGCGCUCUGUACGUCAGGGAGACCUUCGCCGGAGAGAGCAAACGCAUGGUCAGGGAGCUGAUCAGUAAGAUCCAGGAGGCCUUUGUGGAGACACUGGAGGAGCUGCGCUGGAUGGACGAGCAAUCCAAGCAGAAGGCUAGAGACAAGGCCAUGGCCAUUAAGGAGCAGAUCGGCUAUCCUGACCACAUCCUGGAGGAGAAAAACCUCAAGCUGGAUCAGGAAUACGCACAUCUGAACUUCAGCGAGGAGAACUACUUUGAGAACAUCCUGGAGAACUUGCACGCAGGGGCGCAGAAGAGCCUGAGGAAGCUCAGGGAGCGAGUUGACCCAGACCUGUGGAUUAUUGGGGCAGCAGUUGUCAAUGCCUUUUACUCCCCCAACAGAAACCAGAUAGUUUUCCCCGCCGGGAUCCUACAGCCCCCCUUCUUCAGCCAGCAGCAGCCCCAGGCUCUGAAUUUCGGUGGGAUCGGCAUGGUGAUCGGGCACGAGAUCACGCACGGCUUUGAUGACAACGGGAGGAAUUUCGACAAGGACGGGAACAUGUUUGAUUGGUGGAGCAAUUAUUCGGCCAUGCACUUUAAGGAGCAGUCCCAGUGCAUGGUGUACCAGUAUGGAAACUUCACCUGGAAACUGGCAGGCGGGCAGAAUGUCAGUGGGAUCAGCACACUUGGAGAGAACAUCGCAGACAAUGGAGGUGUCCGGCAAGCCUAUAAGGCAUACCUGAAGUGGGUGGAGAGAGAAGGGGAGGAGCCCCGUCUUCCUGGCCUGGAUCUUGACCACAAGCAGCUUUUCUUCCUCAACUUCGCACAGGUAUGGUGCGGCUCAUACAGGCCUGAAUACGCAAGUCAGUCCAUCAAGACAGACUCACACAGCCCCCUAGAGUACAGAGUGAUGGGCUCUCUCCAGAAUUUCGGGGCGUUCUCAGAGGCGUUCCACUGUCAAAAGGGCAGUCCCAUGGACCCUGAGGUCAAAUGCCGAGUCUGGUAGCUGGGGGGGUCUUUUCUCUGGGUGCCUCAGGCUAUUGCUUACCGACUGGGGCGACAAUCUCGUGCCUGACCAUACAGUUUGUGUCCCGCCUGCUCAUCAGAGUGGCGGCUUCGAUGCAGUCUGACUGAUUGUCAUAACAGGAAACAGGUACAGAAAUGCAGGAGCGAUCUACAAUUACUUAGGAUAUAUACUAGUAGUUGCAGUAAAACUAAACAACCUAAAAUCUUGCCGUUUGGUGCAAUAUACAGUAGAUGAGAUAUAUGAAGCCCAUGCAUACACAAAAAUGUACUUGCCUAUCUUGUAUUUGGAGUCAUUGUGCAAGGCUACUUAAGGCUGCUGUUGUUUUGGUUUGCCAGAAUUAUAACACAUUUUUUACACUCAUAUCAACCAGAAACACUCAAUAUAGGAUGCCUAACAAGUACAGACUAACACCCUUCAAAAUAUUUCAUUUGACAGCAUCUCUUAGUCUGUGGUAAGAUCCUGGAAAGGAGCUCUCCGAAGGUGAUGGAAAGGGGUGUGGUGGGGAGGAUUAUUGGUGUUGCACAAUGCUUUGAUCCCCAUUGGCAAAGCUCUGUGCGACACUUCCAUAAUCCCCCAUAGCCUCAUUUUCUCUAGUUCUGCCCACAGCCCAGGGAAAAAAAAUCAAUGUCCUACAAUGUUUAGUUAAUCAGCACUGCAAACAAAAAUCCUGAUCGGAACAAAGAAAAAGCUUAAAUAAACAUUAGGGAUUUCCAAUGGAUACGCACUACAGGAUAUGAAACAAUUAGGAAAAGCAUUUGAUUUAAAAAACAGGCCUGGAAAGGACUCUGGGUUUUUCCAGAUGGUUGUUUAGUACCCAGUGUGUAGCAUAUAGGAUAAUAAGAGUGAUUGCUGGCUGCAUCGAAUGCAAGACGCAAGACUGAAAGACUGUUGAAUUAUUUUCUGCUUUUUAAAACUCAAAUUUAACCAGGUGGCUUGUAGUGCUGUCACUGCCUUUUCUGACAAAGUCAAGUAUGCCAAGAAACGUACACCUGAAACUACAGUACUGUUAUAGAUACAGAAUAAUAUAUUGUAGCAUUACAUUUUAAUUAAUUCCAGAGUGUCCUUUAUAAAUUAUCACUGGUAUUUUAUUUUUUGAUUCAUUUUAUAUGGAGUUAUUUACAGAGCGCGGCUAACAAGAAAAACACAAUUUUACUUCCUGUCUAAAUCCCAUUUUCCCCAGAGCUAGAUUGAGGAUUGUAUUAUUCUAGUAGUGUUUCCUCAGUAACCAGGUACUGUGUUUCAUUCUGUUUUAAGAGAGGACGUCUGCAUUGAUUGUCUUUAAGAUACAUUUAUACCCAUUGCAAAUCAGGCAGGUCUACUGAUCAGUUCCAGUCCCGGAGGGUCACUGUGUUCAGCUCUUAAUGACCUAAAUGAUCUUAUUACUCGCUUAUUUGGACUAAUUUAACAGUUUUUCCCAGCUGUACAGGCUUGGCUGCUUUAAAGAAACCUAGACAGCCUGCAGACUCACUAACCCUCCAGAACCAAAAUUAGAAACCUCUGGUCUAGCAUUACAAAACGUUAAUUUACUCCAAAUUCAAGCAGCCAAAGAUGCUUCGCCGUGUUUUAAACACUGUGAAGAAUAAGCCACAGUGCUCUGCUUUUUUCUUUUCAACUAGCAUAGUCUUGCAUUUUAAAUGUAUCUGUAUAUAAAGUAAGAAAAAACUGUGGCAUCUACUUAUGUACUAAAUACUUAAAUUGUAACUAAGAUAGAGUGCUAAGGGCUUCUCAAUAUUAAUAUCAAAUGUAUUAUGAUUAUUACUUCAUAGCAUUAUGGAUAAAUUCACAUACUGUAUAUGAAAAAGUAUUAAACUAAGUCUGGAGGGGUUGUCAGUGCAUUGGAGACAUUUCCUUCCAGAGCCUUCUGCUGUGUAUGUUUUGAUGAGCCAUUCUGUUCUAGAUAUGCUGUAAGGAUACCAAUCCUAGGAUUGCACUGUGUUCCUCGUGGCUUGCUUUGUGCCAAUUUCCGAAUGUCAGUUCCGAAUCUCUGUCUCUUCUCUGUCAUUCUUCUGAACUGCCUGUCCUUAUCCCUGCUGAAGUGCUAUUCGAACUGACAACCAAGUGUCACAAUGGGAAGCAAAUGAAAGAGGUUUCCUUCCGUAAUCAUAUUUCCAAGCUAUUAUGGUCACAAAAAAAAAACAUUCAGGCAAUUUUUUAAAGGAACGUAUUUCCACAAGCCCUAAUAUAUUCCAAAGGCAUACUGGCUCAUUGCUUUUAAAUGCCAAGUGUUCAGCUGACAUGCAACAUGCAGACCCAUGGGAUCUGAAGGAUGUUGAUGGGCCUUUUAUCAGCCACUCAACACUCUUUAUUAUGUAGGCCUGGAUUGUGUAAGGCUCUGAAUAUUUAAAAAACAGCGCUAUUUAUAUAUUUUGCAAAGCACAUAUUUUCAGAAGAGGUGCAUUUUCUCCUCAAAGCUUCCUAUUAAUUAAAAGGGUGAAAGACCCACAUUUUCUGUCAGCAUUAUCAGACUUGGCUGCUUUGUGUGACUCGACAUUGCUCUGGUCCCUUCAGGGCCGCCAGGCUAUUUCCCACUUCUGUCUGUCUCCUACUGUAUGUGGAAACUGCCCCAUGCAAGUUGAAGGCCUGACCUCCCCAGCCUCUGUCGCAGAAUACGAAAACUGUCUGUCCAGCCAUCUGGACACCUCUAUGGCAAGAGCCAACCUUUUUCCAACCGGAUGAAUACAAAUGAAAAAAAUAACAUUAUAUGUACAGUAUAUACAAUAAUAAGAUGUGCAGCACAUUUGUAACUCCAAAGUAAUUAUGCUUUUCAUCUUUCAAAUGGCAGCUCAGACUUUGGCUGAUAGCUUUAGUUUUUCCUUCGAUGCGUGUUAAAUUGCUUUUGAUCUUUUGGUCACUGGUUAAGUCAGAGGUGUCCAGUACCGGCCUUGGAGAGCUGGUGUUUUUUUAGUGUAUUUGGAAUGGACUUAACUGGACCAAUUAAUUGUUUAAUUAGAGGAAGUCAGCAUGCUUCCAGAUCUCUACUCACUGAUCAUCUAAGUUUACGAAUGAAACUGCAAAGACUAUGGCUCUCCUGCACCAAGACUGGGAUAUUCCAAAUCAGUAAUGUGUUUUACUAAGCUCCCCACAGAAUCUGAUGGUGAUUGCUAUCAGACUGGGCUCGAACAGCAGUACUUAGGCAGUGCAAUUUCAGAACGGGCUGCCAGCUCUCAGUUCUCAUCCCACCUGACAAAACAAGACUGGCUGUCAGCACGGGAAGGAAGUCUCACUAAAAAUAACUGGCAAUCGUGUAAUCAGAACAGCGUGUUUACAGAGACGCGUCCCUCUCCUCACUCGAUAAACCCCGCAGGGUCCUUCCGGAGUUUACACUGCGCUGAAUUAAACGAUCUCUCUCUGCACCAGCCGCCUAGGCGUUCAGCACCUGGUCACGGCUAGACGGCUCCGCUGUCCCAAUUCUGUGGCCUAACCUCACAGAAAAUCUUACGGGCGGUGCUGUUUCACAGCAGCCGAGCAGUACCGGCUCAGUCAGCUCUGUACACGACAAGUGUCUUUGGAGUCUGAGACAGCCUUUUCGCUGUUUCUUUUCCGCAGCAGUUGGUAGCUGACCGUGUACUUUUUAGGGGGGGGGAAUCUGUAAUAAAACCAAUGAUCCCACUGAACGCAGCUUCACAAACUUCACAUCCUCAGCCCAGCACAGACACCAAACACCGAGUCUACAGUUCCUCCCAUAUGGAGCAGGAUCACCACUGUAGCAUCUCAUCAUCAGGAAGGUAAAACUAGCCAGUCUCACGACACUCUAGUCCCAGCUAAUCUAGCCUAUUUGUGGCUGAACAAUCCACUGCCUGGUGAAUCCUGCUGCACAAUGAUAGACAGCAUGUUCACUCCACAAGAUUCAUGACUGACGUUUGGGUUUGGAUCAAAGACGUUAGGCCUCCAAAGGCCUCCCUCCCCCCAACACAGCAGUAAAUGCCUGGAGUUCAGUUUAAUGUUCUGUAGCUGCUGCUGCCCUGUUCCCACUCCCACGACCCGACUGCAGCGUGGUGUCAGAAGUGUGCUCUUUUGACAGCAGCACCCAUCUGCUGCUUUGAGUACAGCAGGUUUACACAGCUCUACUGCUCCAGCUGCGAAAACCUGGACAACACUGAGGCAAAGCAUUUGAAACAUUUCUUUGGCUUCUGAAAUACUUCUUACCAUAAGUCAACAGCAUUCCAUUUUGUUUGGCAAAGAGGAAGCCCCAACUGUUUAUCCUUACAUGUCUGUGAUAAUUCAUUAACAUCUCAAACCAGGUUCUUAUAUUUCAGCAAGACUCAGUUCCUUUACAUGUAAGGUUAUGGAUGUGACCAUAAGAAGUAAAUUACUGGAUGAUCUGAUUGACAAUGUGAUCAUAGAGGGUGGUCAGCAUGGAUUUAGGAGAGAUAGGUUUUACUUAAAUUUCAUAGAAUUCUCCUAACAAGUAAUGGUAACAAUGAUAAAGCAUAUGGCCUCUUCAGAUUUUCAGAAGGCUUUUAAUAAAGGCCGCCAUUAAAGGUUCAUUCUUGAAUUGCAGGUGGUAGGCAUUAAAGAGAGAUGGUGUAUUUGAAUUGUGAACAGAAAACAGAGAAAUGGCUGAAUGCUCAAAUUGGGGAGAUGAAAUUAAUGAUAUAUCAGAGGAACUUUUAUUAGGCCCACCACAGUCUACAUUCUGAUAUAGUUAUUGAGAUAGUCAAGCUUGCAGAUGGUACUAAACUAGGAGGAUUAGCAAGCAUGAUAGAAGCAGCAUAAAAAAUUCAAGAUUUUGAGAAAAUGUGAGACUGGGCGGACAAGCGGUAGAAGACAUUUAAUUUAGACGCCUGCAGAACAUUACGCGGAAUUAAAAAAAAAUAAUAAUUAAGAAUUAAUUGCAAUUAUACAGCGCUUGUUUAACUUACAGCAGCACCUUUUAUUUCCUGAGAGGCCUUCCAUCCCAGGCCUGACCUGGUCUAGCCUUGCUGAGCUUGUGAGAGCAGAUCUGAGUAGAUCAGGGCAGGCAGUCGAGAUACUGCUGUCAUUGGGAGCAAUAUUACCACCCUGAGAAACACUGAGCCUGAAGAGCUUACCAAUGAAUAAGUCUUGGGUGGUUAAGCAGUUUCAAGCAAUCAAUAUAAGGAUAUACAGAUAAAAGUAUCAGACAAAAGACAAAAGCAUAGUUAUUUCAUUCUAAUGCACUUCUGAUUAAAAUAACAGAAUGUCACAGGAGCACUGCAUUCCUUUGACUGUAUAGACAUUAUGUAUUUGACAGUAUAGCAAAUUGGUUUCAUAUAAUGAUCUAUAUGAGCAGAAACGGCCAGGUGUUUUUAGCAUAUAAGAGUCCAGUCAAUUCUACUCUAGUCAGCUGACUUUUUUUUACACUCUUUGCCGUUCCAGUCUCAGAACCUCUGCAGCUAACCUUUUAACUAUGUUUAUUGCUUUUUAUUCAGUCUCUAGAUCAGGGGCUGCGAUCUCGGUACAGAAACUGCAAACUGCAGAAAGGCUCAGGCCUUGGUAAUAGACUGUUAUCUCUCCUCGCAGCGACUUCAGCUCACUGAAUGUAUAGACCUGCAUACUCACUCUCUCUUUUCACAUCCUUUGUUUGUUUUUUUCCUUCUCACUCUUCCUGCUGCUUUAUCUGUCCCUGAGGCUCAUGCAGGGCAUUGCUGUUUUGUACUAGUAGCCUGACUAGUUGCUCUGGAGAACAAUAAGGCAUUAUGGGGAGUAAAUCACCUUGUUUUGUUCAGGGCAGCAUAGCCUCAACCAGAAGGAACUGAAAUCAUGACAAGUCUUUAAAAGCAUUACAGAAAACACAGUGAUCAUGUUUAGACAAUAAGCCAAAAACUUAAUGCAAAUGUCGCGAUGUACUUUUAAAAACACCAUGGAAGAUACUACCAUUAGCUAAGCUAUUUUAAUACUGUAUGUCUUACGUUUAGCUGAGGUGAUGCUAAGUUUCGUGCAUGCUGCCCUGUCCCUAAAGCGCAAACAAAGUAAAUCUUGUGGGAUCUGUUUUAUGUACAUCAGCGAUUUUCCGCAACCAACAGCAUUGAACGACAGAAGUUCUAAAUGAAAGGGAGAAACGUGUUUUAACCUGGCUUUGUGGCCGUGGGCGAACCAUUUGGACAUGAGGAUUGAUCUUCAUAGCUCCAGCCCAGUCCGAUCUCCAGAACAGCUGCACGUCUGAGCAGAGCCUGUUUUCUCUACACCUUCUCUUUCCCUCCAGUUGAGGUCUUAACGACCUGUACAGUAAACAUGAAUGUGAAUACUUUGUACUGACUAAUAAUGACAGUGUUAUCUCUGGGCAGAGAUUCCUCUGAGGCGCUCAGUAAUGCGAAAGGAGAGUCAGGGGCUGUGAUGCUGUUUCCUGUGUCCAGGAGGCAGUGUGGCCCAGCCAAGGCGGGGUCAGUCUGGUGUUUACACUGCCUUUGUUCCAGCUCCUCUUAAUUAUGAACAUGACCUUCGGCACCAGGGUCAGUCGGCUAAGGCGAUGGUCAAGACAUGUUUUCUUGUCUGUGUGCUCCCGGAUGGCACAGGGCUGCGCGACCUCAGCCAAUAUAUCCGCCGUAUCCACGCCUCAGCUCUGCAGUUCAGGGUUCGAGAGCAGGUUAAACUGGAGGUUGAUCUGCCACUCCCCCUUCACCACAUGACAGCUGACAACCCCUGCCCCCACUCCCAUCCGUUAAAGGGGAACUGCAACGCUAUUAUAUUUCUGGGUUAGGAAAAUCAGCAUUGAUGAGUGCACUUCAAUCACAAUAAAAGUAAUCAAUCUACAUCACAAAUUAGAUGAAAUUUGCAGAUAUGCACAGUGCCAUGUUCUGUAAUUCAGAACGCGGCAACAAAAUUUCUGGUGAAGUGAUUUGGCCCCAUUACAAUUUUAACAAGCAGGGUUGUGAAUACAUCUCUUUUAAUCCAAUAAAAAAUAUUGUUCUCAUUUUCUACACAAUUUUGCCGAUAAAUGGAACUUACUUCUUAACUCUGCAUGCAGAUCACGUCGAACAACUUUCUGUAGUGAAAUAUUUGCUGCACAACCUGUACUUAAGUUGCUCAUACAAUCACAUUACAGUGACUAGUGAGCACGAAGGGCUGCAUCACAUCGCAAGUCGUGAGAACUCUCGCUUUUCCCUUACGCUUUGCGGCCACAUGGUAUCUCACAACACUCUCACAAAGUUCACGAUUCCGUCCUUUAUUCAAAAUUUGCACAAUUUUUUCUAUAAUGCCAAUGAAUUCAUUUUGUCAUCAAGGUUUAAUAACCAGUCUGGGAAAUUCGGACUGCAGCUCCCCUUUCAUGACCAUUGGCUUUUUUUUUUUAAGCAAAAGAGUUAAGAGGCAGUAAACUAAGCCAAAAAUAAUUCAAAUAAGUAAAAUUCCAAACAAAAGGGGAGUCUGGUCAAAACCAAGGCCCUCUGGGACAGCAGCCACAGUUCUUGCCACUGUUGUUUACUUGGCCCUCUGAUCCCACUUCAGGAGACCGAGAGCAGGGAGACACAGCAGCGACUUGUGAUCGAGAGACAUCCCCUUGAGCCCGGGGAAGCAGCCUUCCACGAAAUUGCCUUCUUGUAAUAAAAAGAGAGCUUGAGCGAGUCAGAAAUUCCUUUUAUUAUUACUCAACGCCUCCAGGAGCUCUGCCCAUGGACUGUUUACAAGAAAACAACAAAAAAAUGGAUUUCUCUUUUCUUACGACUCUGUGCCAUUGUGAUAAUCAUAUAAUUAGAAGACUCGUUAUCAAUUUCUGGUUUCUAUUAGGUAGUUUUUAAUGAGAUUAUGUAAAAACUGCUUUGACAAAUCAGCUUUUGCUAUUUAACCGCUGUGUACCAUGUGCUCUGCGAUUAAAGACAAACAACUCCAUCCAUUAAAAACAGAA